AUGUCUCCACAACCUUCUUUGCAAUUCUCCAUCAUCUCACUGGGUCAGUCUCACGGUCAUGGCAUCCAUUUCGACGAUGACUCAAACUUCAUGCGCUUUACGAAGAAGGUGGAGCUUGGUAAAGGUACAGACGGUGAAGUCGUAUCGUACAUUGAUUCAUACACUGAUACCGAAGUCGCAGUGAAAACUCCACGCCAGGGGGAAUCUUCACGACGCGCAGCCCACGCGCAAGACGCUAUCAGGAAAGAAAUUGCUCUUUUGAAGACCCUAGGCAAACAUGACAACAUUCUUGGCAUGCUAGCUUCAUGCAAAGACUUCAAGCCAAUGGCCCCCGCCAUCUUCUUCCAGGUUGCCGAUCUGGGCGAUUUGAUAGGCUAUUGCAUGAGAUGGCAUAGCCAGCAGGGAACUCUCGGCUUGUCACAACGCAUACCGGAGAUCACCAUCCUGAAAUUCAUGCACGACAUGAUCCUCGCUCUGGAAUUCCUCCACAACGGCAGCCGCUGCUGGGUCCACACCGACAUCAAGCCCGACAACAUCCUCGUCGUAACGCCACCCACCUACACCGGAGGCGACAUCACCGUGCUCCCGACCUUCAAACUCGGCGAUCUCAGCCGCAUGCUCGAGUAUCCCAGCACAUCAAACUGCGUCUCAGGCUUCUGCGAAUGGGCCGGCACAUUCGAGUUCGCGCCCCCCAUCUCCGAGCGCUUGGGUCCCAGCAAGCCCUCAUCAGAUAUUUGGGGCCUCGGCGCCACAGUCCAGGGCUUCGCGCUGGGGAUCACGCCCGUCAUAUCCAAGGUUAAAUUCAUCACCGAUCGCAUGCAAGCCGGUGAAUCCUACCCAGACAUCAAAGACUACCCCGCUUGGGCAGAAGAGUACUGGCGCGCACUUCGCGAAGUCGUAUACCGCCCGCUCAACAUCUCGCUCUCCGAGCUCGUCGACAAGUGGGACAUUGAUACCGGUUCUUCAUCCUUCCGGAACAUUGAGGCCCAUGUGCCGUACAGCGAGGGGCUCAACCAGGUGUAUGAAAUGAUGCUGGAGCCGGAGAGUGAGGCCAGGGUUUCAGCAGCUCAUCUGGCGAAGUAUGCAGUGCCGUUUCUCGCGGAGCAGAUUCUUGUGGAGGAGCACUUGGAUCUCGCCGAGGAGUAUUUUCAUGAGCAGGGGGUAUUGCUGCCGCUUGAGCCGGAGGGGAAGAUUGCGGCUAGGUUUCGUCUUCCUAAGGGUGAGGGGUUUGUGCAGUUUCCUGCGUACGAUGGAGCGGGGCAUGAGGAGGUAUAUUAG